GCUAUUUAAGGUUCACUUUUCGUUUUUUAUUUUUUGCAGAAGCAUCUCUGUGUCCUCUUUUAAUUUUUCAGCAGUAAUAAUCAUUUGAAUUAGUAACCAGGUGUGAAUAUGGAUAUCUUCACUCUGUCUUAUACUGGUGACCUGUCCAGGAUGUGCUCUGCUUGUCCCCAAUGCAUGCUGUGAUUGGCUCCAGCCCCCCGCCACUCUGGGAGACUCUCCAAGGUCACCUACAACCUGCAAGGCAAUCGUGGUCAUGUGAUGGAGGCGGUCGAAGGCACUGCCUCUGACCAUCACCGCGCCGCCCGGCAUGCGUCUCUUCCUCUACCGCGUUCCCAUAAGCCCUACAACCUGACCGGUCCAAAAACAAGAGAGCCCUCACAUGUUGCUGCCCCCAGCCUACUUUGGAGUUAAGAAAGGAGGGGCUUAAUGAGCAGUAGCUGGCCCGGCUGUGACCGAAAAGGGAAGGAAGACCACAGUGAUGCAACUCCCAAUAACCCAAUAUUGGCGGAAAAAAAAACUAUAUGUAAAGUAGACCCACGCCACAAGACGAGAGCUCACAUCCACGCAUAGAAAAGUUUCUGGAUUAGGGCAGAAUUAACACAAAGCGUCGACGCCACUCCAGCUACACUCCCAAACAACAGAGAAGAGGCAGCGGAGGGACGGGGAACAGGAGAGAGUGACGCGACGGGGCGAAGACACUCGGAACGAACGAAAAAGUCCAAACUGUGAUAGCGAGGGGCAGACAAGUCCAUCUCAGAGAGAGAGAGAGGCAGCUGAGGCAGAGACGGCAGCAGAGAGGCAGGGGAUCUUUGCCGACAAGGUCCUGAAGGAUGGAAGAGAAGCAGUUUGCUGGGAUCCUGAACGGAGCAGUUCCAGGCGAGCCAGUGAAGAAGGAUGAAAACUCCCGGAGAGGGAACUGGGGCAACCAGAUUGAGUUUGUCCUCACCAGUGUGGGCUAUGCUGUGGGUCUGGGCAAUGUCUGGAGGUUUCCCUACCUCUGCUACAGAAAUGGAGGAGGUGCCUUCAUGCUACCAUACUUUAUCAUGCUGGUGUUCUGCGGCAUUCCUCUCUUCUUCCUUGAGCUGUCCUUUGGUCAGUUCGCCAGCCAGGGGUGUCUGGGAGUCUGGAAGAUCAGUCCUAUGUUUAAAGGUGUAGGCUAUGGCAUGAUGGUGGUGUCCACCUACAUUGGGAUUUAUUACAACGUGGUCAUUUGCAUUGCCUUCUACUACUUUUUCAUGUCUAUGACAAACUUGCUGCCAUGGACAUACUGCAACAACCCCUGGAACACGCCGGACUGCAGCGGGGUGGUGGGCAACCCGCUCAACACCAGCCUGGCGAACGCUACAAGUACCCUGGUAGCAGGGGUCUCUGAGGUAGUCAACCGCACCAAGAGGACCAGCCCCAGUGAGGAGUACUGGAAACACUAUGUGUUGAACAUCUCUGAUGACAUUGGGAACUUUGGAGAAUUACGUCUCCCUAUCCUGGGCUGUCUGGCUGUGUCCUGGUUUGUCGUCUUUCUCUGCCUCAUCAGGGGCGUUAAAUCCUCUGGAAAGGUGGUGUACUUCACAGCCACUUUCCCGUAUCUCGUUUUGACCAUCCUGUUUAUCCGUGGCAUCACCUUGGAUGGAGCCAUCAAUGGUAUCAAGUAUUACCUGACUCCACAGUGGCAGAAGGUCCUCGAUGCAAAGGUGUGGGGAGAUGCUGCAUCACAGAUUUUCUACUCCCUGGGCUGUGCUUGGGGUGGUCUCAUUACUAUGGCUUCCUAUAACAAGUUCCACAACAACUGUUUCAGAGACAGUAUCAUCAUCAGUAUAACCAACUGUGCGACCAGCGUGUAUGCUGGUUUUGUCAUUUUCUCCAUCCUGGGGUUCAUGGCACACCACCUGAACGUUCCGGUGUCAGAGGUGGCUGACCACGGCCCAGGCCUAGCCUUUGUGGCCUACCCAGAAGCCCUCACUCUGCUUCCCAUUUCUCCACUCUGGUCACUGCUCUUCUUCUUCAUGCUCAUCCUUCUGGGACUGGGGACUCAGUUCUGUCUGCUGGAGACACUGGUGACGGCCAUCGUUGACGAGAUCGGCACAGACUGGAUCAUCAGGAACAAGACUGUUGUCACACUGUCAGUGGCCAUAGCUGGGUUCUUACUGGGAGUGCCACUAACAACACAGGCAGGAAUAUAUUGGUUGCUACUGAUGGACAACUAUGCUGCUAGUUUCUCUUUGGUCAUCAUCUCCUGCAUCAUGUGCAUCUGCAUCAUGUAUAUUUAUGGUCACAGGAACUACUUUAGAGAUGUUGAGAUGAUGCUGGGCUUCCCUCCUCCUCUCUUCUUCAAAGUCUGCUGGAGAUUCAUCUCCCCCGUCAUUAUUUCUUUCAUCCUGAUCUUCACAGUGAUCCAGUACAAGCCCAUCACCUACAAUGACUACGUGUAUCCCGGCUGGUCCCUGGCUAUUGGCUUCUCCAUGGCUUUGUCCUCAGUGAUCUGCAUACCCAUCUAUGCCCUCUACAAGAUCUCAAGGUCCCCAGGAGCUACAUUCAGAGAGCGGUUGAAGAACGCAUGCCGAGCACAUCCAAAAUGGGGCCCUGCCCUGCAGGAGCACCGGACAGGCCGCUACGCCCCCAUGGCCUCCGAAGACACUGUGGAGGCUCGUCCCCUCAAGGAGAAGGAGGAGCUGAAGGAAGAGCUGAAGGAGGAGGAGAAGGAGAAGGAGAGGAAGGAUGAAAUCAGCCUCACCAUCCAGGGAAGCAACGGCUCCACCAACACACACAACAACCCCAAUCCCAGCGCAUAGACGACACCCCCGCUCUGUCAAGCGCCACCAUCACCAUCUCCUCCUCCUCCUCCUCCUCCUCUUCCUCCCCUCUCCUCCCUUCUCCUCAAUCCUCACCCCACUUUCCCACAGUCCUCUGUGGGGGAGAUCCCAUUCGCUGGAGACCUUUACAUAUUGUAAGGGCUUAUUAUAUCUAUCCUAACCUCUUCUAUCUAUCUGUGUGUUGUCUCUAGAUAAACAAAAAGAAAACGAAAGGAAGAAAAAAUUGGGUCAUUGUCCAAAAGAUGUGCGUGUAUGUUAGUGUGUGCGUGUGGGUGGGUUGUUAAUUUGUUCCACAUAAUUUAAUAAUGCAGUUUGUUUUUCCUUUCAUUUUUUGUAAAACUUGUAUAUGUCCUCUUCAUAUGCAGUUAGAGGUACGGUAGAUUGUGAAGCUGCAUGUGUUUGUUUUGUGCAUGCAGCAGCAUAGAGACACACACUGUUCUCCUUUAUUCUGUUAGCUGGGUCUGUUUGAGAUUGGUGACUUUCUAGCGGCAGUGCCAGUGGUUUGACAAGUAGUUGUUUUGAUGUUAUACACAGUGGUGCUGUAAUAAUAGAGGAGAGGGGCUAACUGUGUCUGUUCUGGCCAAUUUACAGUUUGAUGAUGAUGGAAGAUGGAAAAAGGCUUGAUUCUGUGGCCAGAAAAAGAGGCGGAUACAUUCAUUCACACUCAUACAUUCACACUAUUGUACAUUUUACAGCACACAGUGACCUCAACUAUAGUUGAUCUCAGCUUAAGACUAAGCCUGUUGUUUUUAUGCUGCUUCUCUUAUUAAAGAAAAAAAAAAGUUAUACAAAGCACAAAUAUUUAACACCCGAGAUGGCAAGUGACACUUAGGGCUGAUUUUCUGUGGAAAUUUCCUCCAUUUGUAACUUUUUUUCUCCACUAAAGCUGCUUAAACUUUGAAAACUCUGCAGAGAAAUGUCAGUGAACCUUAACUGAAACUCUGCCUCCACAUUCACACACACAAUCUUACACACACACACACACACACACACACACACAAACACAAAGCAUAUUUGAUUCCAGUUUUUGUGACAGAAGAGAACCCAGUGCCCAUUUCUCAGGGUCCAAGUGAAGUUAAACGUUGUGGUUCUUUUGUUGUUCCUCGCCUGUGGAAACCUUGUCUCGUACUAAGGUGGCCUGUUAAGAUUACAGGGACAGAAACCACCUAACUUUUCUCGCUGUCUAAAAAAGGCUACACAUUCGCGUAUGCACACACACACAAACACACACAAACACAAAACAGGUGGAUGCAACUCUGUUUAUAGAAGUGCCAUCUCUUCUUAAGUCUUCCAGGCAUUCUGUUUGAGUGAAAUGCAUCUUGGGAUGUGGUAUAUGAAGGAGGAUCCGGGCUCGAGGAGGUAGCUAGUGAAAGGAUCACAUGUGUGUUCUGCUUGUCGUCGUCUGUGUCUCCCAUGGGUUGUAGCAAUCUGCCCCGUUAAGGCAUGUUACCAAAAACAUUACCUAAGAUACCUGAGUUCUGCACGUGUUUUUGGUAACAUAUACAGUAUAUAAAUACAUAUAUAUCUCAAAGAGACUGGUAUGAUGUCAGUCUCUUACAGUCAGUGGAACCUUUAAUGUAUUUACAGUCAUUUUGUUCUGAGGCUCUGAGCCAAGCUGUGCUGUGACUGAUGGAGAGACGGAAAGCAGAGAGAUGCAGCUUGUUUCCAGAAGAAAACAGAAUAAAAAUGUUCAUCUUAAAUGAAUUAUGUAGUUUUAAAUGUAGCUGUAUAGUAUCGUUCUCUCAAUAGAAUUCUCCUUUUUACCUCUUAUUAUUGUAAAGUAACUUAGUAAAUAAUUAUAAAGACAGCAUAUGUUUAUUUUGUACAAAAAAUAAAAACUACAGAACCAUAAUUAACCAUGUUUACCAUUCCUCAUCUGUGACUUGAUUUGUCUGUUGUUUUGUUGGAGGGUUUGAUAGGAUAGAGAGGGGGUGUCUUUAGCAUGCAGGGUUGUGUUUCUGUAAAGUGAUUGGAAGGUUUGUCCAGUCAGCAUCACGUACGAUACUGAGGUACUGUGGCGGCAGAGGUUCAGUGGCGAAAAGAUCACAUCUGUGCCACGUGUUCCUUUUGUAUUUCCAUCCUAAGAUGCUUUGUUGGACACCUGCUCAGGUGGUGGCGAGAUGCUUUUAGCUUCACAGACAGGGAGGAUGUUUGGGGAUUGCAUCACGUCUGACUGCUGUUUCUUCAUAUUAUAGUUUCAGUUUUUUUGUUUGUGAGCUGUCAAAUAAUUAAAAUCAAAUUUGGAGAACUAGAGGGCUAUGAUACCAGUAUGAGCAUGGAACAUAUUUACAUAAUAUACAAUGUUGUACAAUAUAUUGUAUACAGCAUAUUUAUAUCUAGAGAAACUUGAAGGAAUAGUUUGACAUUCUGAGAAAUAGGAUUAUUCACGAGAGUUAAAUAAGAAAAUCAACACCACUCUCAUGUCUGA